AGUGUGCGCGUGAAAGGAGAAACAUUCUUCAUAAGAUUCUGAACACCUGCCGAUCAUUCCGAGCCCAUUCGUCCUCUGACCAAUCAAUUGCCCCUUUGUAAAUUGCAACUAUCCAAUCAAAUCAUGGAAUUGGUCCACGCGCACUUAAAAUAUUUUCUACACCUGAAAAUUUACGCGCGCACUGCAGAGAUACCAUCAGGCCAACACCUCUGCCAGUCAUGAUGUACAGGUGUGCCACUGCCCGUGUCCUCCACAGUGCUGUGCUGUGCAGCAUUUUGUGGUGCCUCACUGUGUCCUGGUUGGCCUCAGGUGCUCGGGUGCGACUGGUGUGCAAUUACAGCCCCCUGAUGGACAGAAAAGGGACCCCCAUGAACACCACCACGGGGUGCCGCCGCAACCACCUCUGCUACUCCGCCCGGGCGCGUGAUCACCAGGGCGUCCACGUGCUGUCCGCACAGGGCUGUGUGGCCGCCCGACGCUGUGGCUCCAUCAAGAGCGUCCAGUACAAGGGCCGCGCCUAUAACGUCAGCUACACAUGCUGCUGUGGAGAGCGCUGCAACCCCAGGCCCAGCCCGGAGGUCGCCCCGCUCGCCAGGCUCCUGGAGUUUAAGCGCAAGGGGUUCACUGGAACCUGGCUGGACGCCCUGAUCAAGGAAGUCAGAAAUGGCACCAUGAGGGCACCCGUCAUCUGUCCAGAGCACGCCACUAGGCCUAAUACUACUACUGGGCCGGUGCUACAGGGGGCUACUAGGCCUAAUACGACUGUGCAACAGGACACCACUAAGCCUCAUGCUAUACCAGAGGAGGCCACUAGGCCUUAUACUACUGUGCGCGUGCUACAGGAGGCCACUAGGCCUCAUGUUACUGUGCUACAGGACGCCACUAGGCCGCCUUAUACUACUGUACGCCUGCUACAGGACGCCACUAGGCCUCAUACUACUGUACGCGUGCUACAGGAGGCCACUAGGCCGCCUCAUACUACUGUACGCGUGCUACAGGACGUCAUUAGGCCGCCUCAUACUACUGUACGCGUGCUACAGGACGCCACUAGGCCUCAUACUACUGUACGCGUGCUACAGGACGCCACUAGGCCUCAUACUACUGUACGCGUGCUACAGGACUCCACUAGGCCGCCUCAUACUACUGUACGCGUGCUACAGGACGCCACUAGGCCUCAUACUACUGUACGCGUGCUACAGGAGGCCACUAGGCCUCAUACUACUGUGCCGGUGCCAGAUGCAUUGACUGAUGAGGAAGAUGUUUAAAGCAAACUUUGUGGUCUGCAGUAGGCCUAUUUUUCCAAGGGUAUGAGGAGAGGGUCAUUUAACAGUGUCCUAGUUUCUUUCCUUAUGUUCAAAUGAAUUUGAAAACGUGCCAUGAGCAGUGAAAAGUUGAUUUAGCAGGUAGCAAAUAAUCCUAGUGAGGAGGGGGCAUCAGGCAUGCCACCCUCUUUAGGUCUGAAACCAUGUUAAAUAAUGAAGCACACUGCACAGACAAAAAAAAGAAGUCGAGAAAAAUGUUCCUUUCCUAUGUAUGGUCACUUUGUUCAGUUGUCAGCAUUUCAACUACAAAGCUUGCAAACAUGACUUUUACAGUGGAGCCUGAUUGUUAUAAUGGAUACAUUAAGAGCCCACAUUCAAACAGGUGUGCGUGUCUGUCUCAGUGUUUCACUGUCCCAUACAUAGGCCUAAUAAAGAAUUAUCCUAUUA